AUGGAGGACUGGAGAAGAAUUGAUAUAGAUGCAUUGGACCCAGAAAAUGCUAGGUUGACGGCUGCUGAUUUACAACAACCUUUAUUAACCACAUUGCCAACUUAUACUAUCCAACAAGUUCAGCAACAAAUAAGUCAAUUACGUUCUUUUGGCUCGAGCGGUGAUACCUUAUCUGCUGUUAGACUUAUCACAGGUAGUCCGGUUUAUCUAACAGACUCCGAAGCCACCAAACAACAAUACUUAUUGGCUGUAUUAGAUGUACUAUGUCAAGCAAGACCAACUGAUAUUGCUAAUAUUGUAAAGCAAUUGAGUAAUGAUGAAGCAGAUGUUUUAACUAAAUAUUUAUACAAGGGGAUGAGUAAACCGGAGGGUGCCAAGCAAGGAGCUGUUUUGUUGAGUUGGUUAGAUAAAGUUAUUGAAAAGAAUGGGACAGGAUCCAUUAUUAGAUUUUUAACAGAUAGGAAGAGUGUUUAA